AUGGAUCCUCAAACAGAACCCGAUGUUAUACCCACCUAUGAAUCGGAACCACGCAUUAUCUGGAUCGAUGAUCGUGACACCUUGUACAAUCUCCUAGACGAUCUCACCGACACUCCAAAGUUAAAGCCUCGACUCUUCAUCACCCUCGAAGGGAAUUAUAUCGGACAUGAGACCAGGAUCUCCAUUAUGCAGAUCUAUAACGCCGUGUCUCACCGUGUCUAUCUCAUAGAUGUGUACUGGCUCAGCGCCACGACCUUCUGGCGGGUCAAUUCGAAUUCGCGCAUGUCGACUCUCAAGGGCAUGCUGGAGUCCAAGGAAAUCAUCAAGGUCUUCUUCGACGUCAAGAAAAACUCUGAUGCACUGUACAGCGAGUUCAAGAUAAAACUCGCUGGGGUUCACGAUCUCCAGCUGAUGGAGCUCUUGGCCAGCGGUAGUCCUCAUAGGCUCAGUGAUAUCGAAGAUUGUUUCUGGAGAGAUGCGUAUCGGCGGCAGGAAAAUGGGUGGCGGUUUUGGGAUCUUCGGGGAGCGGUUCCUUCAUGGUGCUCUCAUCGGAUACGCGACCGAUGGUUGCAGAUCUUGCCAACACUGUACUUUUGUUACGAUGCCAAGCUACGACCUGGGCAUCGGGAAAGCUUGAUCGCUACUUCGGAUAGUAGGGCUGAGUUCUCACGGUACAUGAUCCGUGAUAUGGAGGAACGGCGUCGGGCUUUUGUACGUCGUGAUGUUGACUGA